CUGCAUGAUCUGAGCCCUAAGGCAUCGACAUCGUCAACGUCCUCGACACUAAAAAUUUAACAAAAUGGGUCGUGUUCGUACCAAAACCACCAAGAGGGCUGCCCGUGUGCUCAUCGAAAAAUACUACCCCCGCCUCACCCUCGACUUCCACACCAACAAGCGCAUCAUCGAUGAAGUUGCUGUGGUUCCCUCCAAGCGCCUCCGGAACAAGGUUUCCGGUUUCACUACCCACCUGAUGAAGCGUAUUCAGCGCGGGCCCGUCCGUGGUAUUUCGUUCAAGCUCCAGGAGGAGGAGCGCGAACGAAAAGAUAACUACGUACCUGAGGUAUCUGCUCUUGACACGAGUGCAACAGGCUUGGAGAUCGACAAGGACACCGCAGAACUUCUCAAGGCACUCAACUUCGACUCCAUCCCUGUGACCAUCGUACAGACUGUUAUCCAGCAACCGGAGCGUCCUCGGCGGGAGAAGCGCAACGUCCCUGGCGCUGGGCGGUAA